GCUAAAGUACCUUGUGCUAAAGUAAAUUACAUGCAUGUAAUUUACAAUGUCCAAAAAUCGAGCAACAAAAUCUAAAGUGUUUAUUGUAAGUGAAUCAAACAAGGUGAAAACGAAUGUCGAUCCAGUUAAAGAUAGUUCGCUGCACAGAGCUAAUGACCAGCAAGACAAACUGGAGAAGCAGAACGAGGUUCAUAACCAGCCGCGGAAAUCUCGACAAAGUGUUUCGGCACAGAACAACUCCAAUCGAGAGAAGGUAGAAUUUUGGAACUCGGAUAAUGAGCCAAAACAGAAAGAAGAUGUUCGAAAAAGAGGUCGACCUCGGAAGCCGGUAAAACCCUCGGGGGAGAAGAAGAAACCAGGUCGACCCAAAGACGAAACGAAAUGCAAUAUAACUUGUGAUAUUUGUGGGAAGUUCUUCAGACAUCGUUGCAAUUUUAUAAUCCACGAACGAUCCCAUUAUGGAAUUAGGGAAUUCGAGUGUGAGUACUGCCACAAGCGUUUUGUGCAGAAAACUCAACUUAAUGUGCAUCGCAGGCUACACACUGGAGAAAAACCCUUCAAGUGUCCACACUGUCCAGAUAGCUUCCGAGUUCAGGCUUUACUGGACGGUCAUGUCUUUAAGCACACCGGGAUAGGUACGAAGUGCCCCCAGUGCCAAUCGAUCUUUCCCACGCCGGCACAAGCCAAGCAGCAUAUUCGGGACGUUCACGCAACGGAGAAGUCGUACGUUUGCCAGAUCUGCGGUCAAAGCUACAAGAUGCGAAGAAGUUUGAAGAUUCAUCUGGAGAACCAUGACAAGCGUAUCUGCGCGGUUUGUGGAAAGGUAUUCAACACGAUGCACGCUCUAAUGACCCACCGACACAUUCAUGAGUUUAAUAAAAAAUGUAACUAUUGCAAUCGGUCGUUUAAGUCGGAGGAAGAACUGCAGGCGCAUAGUAAACUCCGAGGGCGCGUUUAUCAGUGUGAUAUGUGCUGCUACAGUUUUAAUAAGACUGAGUUUUUGAACAAUCAUAAUCGAAGGGAUCACUGGAAAGAGAUGGGUCUGGAACAGCUGCCCAGGAAGAAAGCCAAACCGGAAGACUGCAAGGUUCAGGCUGGUUUGGCCACAGUGGAGUAUCCUGCAUUGUCAUCUGCAGAAACGAGUCAGCACGCAAUGGAACCUUUUGAAUCCACCACAGUGCAAUCUGACCUACCGUCAGCACCAGCUUGGUGUGCAAACGUUGGCUUAGUGUCUCCAAAAAUGGAACAAUUAGACAACCAAGUCUACAUUACUCAUGGUGAGAAUGAGACCCAGACUUUCAAACAAAAUAUCUCAGAAGAAGUCGAUUGUGAAUCGAAGGUAGAAGUUAAAGUCGACACAGAAGUUGUUUCUUCUUUCAAACCCGCAGAGUUUGUCAAAGUGGAAAUUUAUCAAGAGGAGGAUACUUCGGCACCAAAGGAAGACCCAACAGAAAGCAGACUGGAGGAGAAAGAGGAUAAUGUGUCGGACAGUGAAGACGAAGAAGUGCCGUUGGCGGUGAGUAGCUUUUUCGAUGUGUUAAACCGCCAUCAAUUGGAUGUUGUUUUACAGAUACUUGUUUCUCGACAACCUGGAAGGCUGCCAAAAUUAGGCCUUACCAAGAUAAAGAAGGCAGCUGAUAACGAUCGCCUGAUGAAAUCACCAGAGUUUUCGGACGAUGAUGAUACCCCAACCGAGGAAACUAAAACGAAACGAAGACGAAGACGGAAGUACGAUGGCGUAGGCCCUCGCAAAAAAAUCUACCGAAAACGGGAUAUAACUUGUCGGUUUUGCGGUGACGUCUUCAAGGGACAAGUAGCCCUUAGGGAACACAAAAAAUCCUCCCAUCCGGAUGCGAAGCCAUAUAUAAAGGCCAAAACUGGGCCGGUGAUUUGCGAGAUAUGUGGAAAAUCCUACAAAACCACACACUCCCUAACCGUCCACCGUGGUCAGCAUGAAGAAUACCAACGGUUCAAGUGCGACGGUUGCCCAAAAGCGUUCAUCUUCCAGUCCCUCCUCGAGAACCACAAACGAAUGGAACAUCGCCAGGAACGGCAUAUUUGUCCGCUCUGUGGCAAACAGUACAAGUACAGCGUGGAUCUAAGGCACCACCUGCUGCGGCACGAGGAGGAAAGGCCGUUCAAAUGUGAUAAAUGCCCGGCAACAUUCACUCAUUCCACUGCUCUGCAUGCCCACAAGGCUAUCCACAGGCAGGCAGUGUUUACGUGCACUAUUUGCGAUAAGAACUUCCGCUUUGCCAGUAGCCUACGGGUGCACAAACGACUCCACAAUAGAGACAAUUACAUUCGGUGUGAGCUCUGCGAACGAGAAUUCAGCGAAAAGGCUCUGCUGAAGAAGCACAUGGCAAUCCACUCGGUAGAUCGAGAGGUGAAGUGCAUCGUUUGUGAUAAGAUUUACUACAAAAAGUCCGAGUUGAAAAUCCAUCAGGCAAAGAAGCAUCCGAACAAUCCGCUGAUAGGAAAAACGAUCAAGAUUUACAGUUGCAACGUGUGUUGCAUGGAGUUUACAAAAGAUAGUCAUCUGAGGACGCACUCGUACAUCCAUGGGACGGAGUACAGCUUCAAGUGUGAUAUGUGCGAGGAUCAGAAAUUUAAACAGAAAGCUGGACUGCGGAACCACUGGAUACGAUUUCAUCAUUUGGAACCUCCAAAAAGGAAUAUGCGAAAGCAACCGGAAGCCAAGAAGGCGAUAGAUCGCACGGUGACCAGUGAAACUGUCAACUGUUCAUGAUGAAGGUAAAGGAGCAUUCCCCGCUCCCAGGUAACUAUUCAAACUUCAGUUGGUGGUGGUAGCUCUUCUUUACCCUCUAUUUCCAGAAUAAUUAGUACUGUAAAUAUCUACUGUGAUAAUCCAA